CACCCUCUUUACAAAAUCCUCCAUCAUAGCCAAAUGCCACUCUUGCUGCAGACAAGGACACUACAGGGCAUCAGGAGACUGGAGGAGGCACAGACACCAUGGCAACUACCUCAACUCAGAAUGUGGAGUUUGUGCGGACCGGCUAUGGCAAGAAUCUGGUCAAGGUGCUGUUUAUCAGACGAGAAGGAACUCACCACUACAUCACUGAGCUGACGGCUAAUGUGGAGCUCACCCUCAAGUCCCGCAAGGACUACUUGACCGGUGACAACUCGGACAUCAUCCCUACUGACACUGUCAAGAACACUGUCCAUGCACUGGCUAAGCUGAAGGGAGUUUUGACCAUAGAGCAGUUCGCCAUGGACAUCUGCAAACAUUUCCUGACAGCUUUCAAACAUGUGACCAGGGUAAACGUGAAGAUUGAGGAGGCACCAUGGAGGAGACUGGAGAAGAAUGGUGUUGAGCAUGUACAUGCAUUCAUCUACAGCCCUGAAUCCUGGCGCUUCUGUGAAGUCGAACAGAAUCAUAAUGAGAGCCCUAUUCUUCACAGUGGCGUGAAAAACAUGAAGGUGCUGAAGACCACUCAGUCUGGCUUUGAGGGCUUCUUCCGAGACCGCUUCACCACUCUACAGGAGGCCAAGGACAGGUGUUUCUGUACCUCUGUCUACGCCAGGUGGCGCUACAACAAGGUCCAAAAUGUCAACUUUGACAGUGCAUGGAACUCUGUCAAGGAGACAAUAAUUGAGAAGUUUGCUGGCCCAUACGAUCGUGGAGAGUACUCUCCCUCUGUGCAGAAAACCCUCUACGACACACAGGUCAUAGUCCUGGAUAGGGUGCCUGAGAUUGAAGAGAUUGAGAUAGUCAUGCCUAACCAACAUUAUUUCACCAUUGACAUGACGAAAAUGGGUCUCACCAAUAACAAUGAAGUUCUUCUGCCAUUGGACAAUCCUUCAGGGAACAUCAUGGGCACAGUACGCAGGAAGCUGCAAGCAAAGCUAUGAAAAGGAACACAAAGCUACCCGAAAAGACUUUAAUCAAAGUGAGAACAAAAUGAUAAUUAAUGUCCCAUCGGUUAAGGUCUCUCCAAACACAACAUACUGAUCAAUCUACAAGGUUGUGUUCAUUAGGAACGAAACAGAAAGCAAAACAAACUGAAACGGGGAGGUCUAACCUGUCCUCUGUUGCAAAUGUAUUUCCAUUGCGUGCCCGUUAAGUGAAGUAAAACAUGUACAAAGCUGUAUCCUUGCUAACAAUAUUACUUCCCUGAAAUUACAAACAGACAAGUUUGUUCAUAUUCUCCAUUUAAGAAUUUAAAGUGUAGAAAGUGAUUCACCGCACAUGGUAAAUCUUAUCCUAAAGACGAGUCAAGGUGAAACUUUUGGUUUACACUAAUUGCAAUUGAUCAAAUAAUUGUGUGUGCAAUUACAUAGAAUUCAUAUUUUAUGAGACAACAAAUAUAAAUAUACAGUUGAAGUCAGAAGUUUACAUACACUUUAGCGAAAUACAUUUAAACUCAGUUUUUCACAAUUCCUGACAUUUAUAAAAUCCCUGUUGUAGGUCAGUUAGGAACACCACUUUAUUUUAAGAAUGUGAAAUGUCAGAAUAACAAGCUUCCCACAAUAAGAUGGGUGAAUUUUGGCCAAUUCCUCCUGACAGAGCUGGUGGAACUGAGUCAGGUUUGUAGGCCUCCUUGCUCGCACACACUUUUUCAAAUUGUCUAUAGGAUUGAGGUCAGGGCUUUGUGAUGGCCACUCCAAUAUCUUGACUUUGUUGUCCUUAAGCCAUUUUACCACAACUUUGGAAGUAUGCUUGGGGUCAUUGUCUAUUUGGAAGACCCAUUUGCGACCAAGCUUUAACUUCCUGUCUGAUUCCUUGAGAUGUUGCUUCAAUAUAUCCACGUAAUUUUCCUCCCUCAUGAUUCUAUCUAUUUUGUGAAGUGCACCAGUUCCUCCUGCAGCAAAGCAACCCCACAACAUGAUGCUGCCACCCCCAUGCUUCCCGGUUGGGAUGAUGUUUUUUCGGCUCGCAAGCCUCCCCCUUUUUCCUCCAACAUAACAAUGGUCAUUAUGGCCAAACAGUUCUAUUUUUGUUUCAUCAGACCAGAGGACAUUUCUCCAAAAAGUACAAUUUUUGUCCCCCUGUGCAGUUGCAAACUGUAGUUUGGCUUUUUUAUGACGGUUUUGGAGCAGUGGCAUCUUCCUUGCUGAGUGUCCUUUCAGGUUAUGUCGAUAUAGGACUCGUUUAACUGUGGACAUAGAUACUUUUGUACCUGUUUCCUACAGCAUCUUCACAAGGUCCUUUGCUGUUGUUCUGGGAUUGAUGUGCACUUUUUGCACCAAAGUACAUUCAUCUCUAGGAGACAGAACGCUACUCCUUCGUGAGCGGUAUGAUGGCUGCGUGGUCCCAUGGUGUUUAUACUUUUGUUUGUACAGAUGAACGCCGUACCUUCAGGCAUUUGAAAAUUGCUCCCAAGGAUGAACCAGACUUGUGGAGGUCUACCAUUUUUUUCCUGAGGUCUUGGCUGAUUUCUUUUAAUUUUCCCAUGAUGCCAAGCAAAGAGGCACUAAGUUUGAAGGUAGGUAUUGAAAUACAUCCACAGGUACACCUCCAAUUGACUCAAAUGAUGUCAAUUAGCCUAUCAGAAGCUUCUAAACCCAUGACGUAAUUUUCUGGAAUUUUCCAAGCUGUUUAAAGGCACAGUCAACUGGAAUUAAUUGUGAUACAGUGAGUUAUAAGUGAGGAAAUCUGUCUGUAAACAAUUGUUGGAAAAAUUACAUUAGUCCUAAACAAAGUAGAUGUCCUAACCGACUUGCCAAAACUAUAGUUUCUUAACAAGAAAUUUGUGGAGUGGUUGAAAAACAAGUUUUAAUGACUCCAACCUAAGUGUAUGUACACUUCCGACGUCAACUGUACAACAAAUGUAUAUCAUUUCUGCUCUGUAUGCAAUUGUAUCUCUUUAAACUUUUUGGAUUGUUGUAACACAGGGCACCAUUGAAAAAGAGACCUUGUUCUAAAUUGGUACUUUCUGUAUAAAUAAAGGUAAAGAAAAAGGAGUGCAACAUCAUGGCAACACACUUUUUGAAAUAAACAUGUUUAUUAAUAUAAUAAAUCUAUGUAGAAAAUAAAGACCUGCAAUAUUUUGCAGGUGCAUAGCAUUUACCGCUACAACAUAUUUAAAUUGGAGUUUAAAUGGAAAAAUCAAAGUAAUGUAACUAACUACUACAGAAAAAAUAAAGCUGUUGAAUAAACAAAUCAACUACCACA